AUGCAAAGUAGUCAGUUUGUGCACGGAGAGAUGGAAGGGGGCAUAAAUGCGGGUUGUUAGUACCGCUAUGUAUGGAUACCGGGUACAGGCCACUGUGCAGUUGUGCCUCGAUUCGACAGGCGUAAUCAUGAACCUACAGGAAUACGUCAAGUUCCUAUUCUGCGUCUUCGUCGUUGCGUUGGCAGUUACCACCGCACGUCCCGACGGCCCCAGAAUCGAAAAUUCGAAGGACGUCGAGAAAGUUCGAGUGACUCGAGGAGUCCUGGAUUUCAUUUUCGGAGGUCUCAAGUCUUGCGGCGGAUGUCAAUGCGGACGACCGAAUCGUGGUGGGGCUAGAAUUUUGGGCGGCGAGUAUACCGACACCCACGAGUUUCCAUGGCUGGCCAAUGUCCAUGUGAAAUCAAAACUAGUCGUUAGCGGGGUUUUGAUCAACGAUCGAUACGUCAUGACCGCCGCCAGCCAGCUCAUUGCAGCCACAGCGCCGGAGAUCAAAGUGUCUUUGGGUGAAUACGACCGUUGCCACUUGGACAUAUCUUCGAGCAACGUGAGUGUGGAAACGGUGAUACCGUUCCCGGAAUUCAACCCCGAAUCUCGAAGCCACGACUUGGCUCUACUUCGCCUCAGUCAACCUACGAAGUUUGAAAGGAGGAUUUCACCGGUCUGCAUGCCUAAUCCAGGGUCCACUUAUUUAGGGCAAGUAGGAACUCUCUCCGGCUGGAUCGAAGGUAAAGCCGUGGACGCUUCCGAGACGAGAACAUGUCGACCCCGAAAGCUGGGUCUUCCGGUUCUGGGAUACAGCGAGUGCAUCAAGUCCGGAGUUAGUCUAGCAAGCUUCCACGACGAUUCCGGAUGCAUUGGAGUUAUCGGCGGAAAUUCUCUCGUGUGCGAAAACGACGUCGGUUCAUCCGUUCUCUACAGAUCAUACGCUGACGUCUACGAUCUCGUCGGUAUUAUGUCGGACGUGAAUAAAUGCGACGACAAGCCAGCGGGUGCUGUGUUCACCCGAAUUGGGCCUCAUCUUGAUUGGAUUUUACAGCAGACCAAAGACGCUUGUUACUGCACAAAAUAAUCAUCGAAACUACGUUUUUCAGUCAAUUUCAAUGACCUUGGCACUUCGUGUUGUUUUAAUUUGCAAUAUCUGUUCAAGCAUCUUAAGUUAAAUGUGUUGUACGAUUUUUACCGUGUCCACAUUUCAAUGGAUCGAAUCUUGACAAAUGGGUACUACUGAUAUAUUCUCAUAUAUCAGCUGAAACACACAAA